GGCACAUAUAUACACAGAGAGACACACAAAAUAAAAAUAAAGCUUUACAAAGAAAAAAUAGAAGAGAUGCUAGCUAUCAUAGCGGCGUUCGCCUACGCCCAGCGCUCGGGAGGGUAAGGAGGAGGCGGGGGUGGAAUGGUGAGUCUGGGCUAGCCUGGAUCACCGAGCAGGGCGUUAGGAGUACUACCCUUUAGAUGACGACAGGGAUGACGCUCUUUUAAAGGAAAAGCUAGACGGAAGGGGCGGAGCCGGAAGCAGAAGUGGGACGAGGAGUUAGCUGCGUCUUUGUUGCCAUGGAACCCGAGAGCAAGAAGGAGCGGCAAUCCAGAGCUUCCUCGGCCGCCGUUAUGUCCUCAGAGACUCCGUUGUUGUCUGUCCCGCACCAUCCCCACUCCACCAGUCUCAGCUGGACCACCAGGAAGUACUUGCGGUCCUCGACCUUCUUCAUGGAUCAUUGCCAGUUCAGCUUCCCUACGCGGCCCCAACGCGCCGGAUUCCAAGCGCUCCCGCCACUCCCGGAGCCGCAGACGCUUCGUCUGCGCCCAGCCUCGCUGCGCACGCAGGAUAUCUCACACCUGCUUGCCCGAGUCUUCCGAAACUUGUACACCGCCCAGGUGAUCGGAGAUGACUUGUGCGACAGCUUGAUCAAGGCCCGCGGCAGUGAGGAUGCGCGCCACGAGGAGUUCCUGAACCAGCUGCAGCAGGCUCGAGACAUCUAUAAACAGCGUCUGGAUGAGGUUGCCAUGUUGGAGAGACACAUCUUCCAGGCCCGUGCAAGGGAUAUUGCAGAAACAGAGCAUAACACCAAACAGGCCAGACUACAAAUCGUGGAGACCCCUAUCAAACUGCCCCCAGUGAAGACGGCCUUCAGGUGGUGUAUAGACAGCAAGUUAAUGCAAAAACAUCACUUAAUCUCCACAGAGGAUUACUACACUGAUCCCGUGCCAUUUUGCCCAGCGCCCAAAGGCAGAGCCACCCCUGGAUGUUCAAAACUGACAUUUAGCUGUGAGAAGCAUUUCACGCGCAAGUCCCAGCUGGACAGGGAGGCUGAGGAGCACUGCAGAAAACUCUUGGAAUAUGACGACUUUGAGUACACCAUGGACAGCUUGAACUCCACAUCUAAGACCAAAGAGAAGACCAAAGCAUCUGUCAAGGCAAAAACACCAACGAAUAAGAGGUGGCUGGAGCACCUGCGGGUGCCACAGAGAGCUCAGGACAGGCGGCUGCUCGCCAGGAUGGAGAAUCGGAAUCACUUCCUGAAAAACCCUCGGUUUUUCCCGCCUAACACACCACACGGAGGCAAGUCUCUAAUUGUCCCUUCAAGGAAGCCAGAGAGAAGAGGAUCCCUGUAUGGAGAGCCAGAGUGGAGCUGUGCAGAUGCCCCCGUGUUCCUGGCGAAGCCGUCAGUUGGAUUUUUCACAGGUUACGAGAUUGGACCAGUUUACGAGAUGGUGAUUGAGCUGCAGAACACCACUGCCACGAGCCGAUUCCUGCGUGUCCUCCCACCGUCCUCUCCGUACUUUGCUCUGGGGCUUGGGAUGUUCCCAGGAAAAGGCGGGAUGGUGGCUCCCGGGAUGUCCUGCCAGUACAUCGUCCAGUUCAUCCCAGACUGUCUUGGCGAUUUUGAUGAUUUCAUUUUGGUCGAGACCCAGUCGGCCCACACGCUGGUAAUCCCCCUGCAGGCCCGGAGACCGCCGCCAGUGCUGACCUUGUCACCAGUGUUGGACUGCGGCCACUGCCUCAUUGGAGGCGUGAAGAUAACCAAAUUCAUCUGCAAGAAUGUGGGCUUCAGCACUGGCAAAUUCUGCAUCAUGCCCCAAAAGAGCUGGCCACCGCCGAGUUUCCGGGCUGUUGCAACGACUGGCUUUGUGGAGCAGCCUCCCUUUGGAGUAAUGCCUUCCGUGUUUGAGCUGGCCCCAGGGUACGCCAUACUGUUGGAGGUCUUGUUCCUCCCUACUGGCCUAGGAAAGGCAGAAGAGACCUUCAUCAUCGUGUGUGACAACUGUCAGACAAAGGAAGUGGUCAUCGUAGGGACGGGGCAGCUGGUGGCUUUGGAUCUGAUCUAUAUUUCUGGUGGAAAAAGUGAGCCAGACCCAGGAGAGCUGAAAGAUUUAACAGCCCAGUACUUUAUCCGAUUUGAGCCUGAAAACGUCCAGUCCACCGCAAGGAAACAGCUCAUCAUCAGAAAUGCUACACACGUGGAGCUGGCCUUCCACUGGCAGAUCAUGAAGCCCAACCUGCAGCCUCUGAUGCCUGGAGAGAUCCACAGCUCAGACAGCAUCAAGUGCUACCCUGACAGGGAAACAGCCUUCUCCAUCAUCCCUGAGAAGGGCAUCCUCCAGGCCCACUCGGACCAUGAGUUCAUCCUGAGCUUUUCUCCUUAUGAGCUCAAGUGUUUCCACAGUGUACUGCAAAUGGUUCUAGAAGCUGUCCCCGAGCCCUUGAGCUCAGGGAUGGAGAACCUGGGGGACUACUCCUACUCAGUGGAUGACGUGAUAGUCCUAGAGAUUGAGGCGAAAGGCUUGGCAGAACCCUUCCAGGUUCUUUUAGAGCCCUAUGCCCUCAUCAUCCCUGGCGAGAGCUACAUUGGCAUCACCGUGAAGAAAGAUUUUAAGAUGUGGAACAACAGCAAGUCACCCAUCAGAUACAUGUGGGAGAAGGUCAGCCACUGCCACAUCAUCGAAGUGGAGCCCUGUACUGGGGUGAUAGAGCCUAAUGAGGUCAAAGGUUUUGAGUUAAACCUAACUGGUGGGGUACCUGGCUCAAUCAGCCAGGACCUGGAGUGCGAAAUCAAAGACUCACCCUGCCCAGUGGUGCUCCACAUCGAGGCCUCAUUUAAGGGACCUGCCGUGGUCAUCGAUGUCCCAGCCCUUCAGUUUGGUCUGCUUCGCCUGGGAAAGAAGGCUUCCAUCUGCAUCCAGAUCCGGAAUAUCAGCCAGCUCUCUGCCGUGUGGCAUUUGAAGGAGAGCCCAUUCUGCCUGGCGGAGAGGCAUGAGGAUGCAUCCCCCUUGGACAUCGAGCCUUUCUGCGGCCACCUUCUCCCUCUGGGGGAGUGCAGAGUGACCAUCACCCUAGAGGCCUCUCACUGUCAGCGGCUGCAGACAGUCCUGGAGCUGGAGGUGGAAAACGGCUCCUGGAGCUAUCUUCCCGUGUAUGCUGAGGUGCAGCAGCCUCACGUGUACCUGCAGAACAGCCACGUGGAGUUCAGCAACCUCUACCUGGGUGUGCCCACAAAGUCAAACAUCAUGCUUGUCAAUGGCACACUCCUGCCCACCUGGUUCCACUGGGGCAAGCUCCUGGGGCCUCAAGCAGACAUGUGCACAAUGACAGUCUCUCCUAGUCAGGGCCUGCUGGGCCCCAGUGAAGAGCUCCAGCUCAGCUUGGAGCUGACGGCCCACACCGAGGAAGAGCUGACCGAUUUGGUUCUCCCUUGUCACGUGUCUGGCAUGGAGAAGCCGCUGGCCCUGGGCAUCUCUGGGCAGCCUUUGGAGCUGCAGGUGACCAUCUCUGUCUCCAUAGUGGAAUCUGAUGAAAGCAGCACUGCCAGCACUACACAGGAAGAGCUGCGCUUGGACUUCGGCUCGAAGGUACCACUGAGGACCCCCGUGAUUCGCCAGAUCCUCCUGACAAACUGCUCCCCGAUACAGACCUCGUUCACCCUCACAUUUGAGUACUUCGGGAGUUCCCUGGACAGCCUUGGCAAAAAGACCAGUAUCCCUGAUGUACCUCCUGCCCUGCUAAAGUCAUCACACAUCCAGGAGCACAUGGCGAAGAAGGAAAGGCUGGACUUUGUGGAGAGCCUAUUAUCUCACAGGAAGGGAGCUGCUUUCUUUCCCCACGUCUCCCAGGGCAUGCUGGGAGCCUACCAGCAGCUGAGUAUUGACAUCACAGGCUGUGCCAACAUGUGGGGCGAGUACUGGGAUGAGCUCCACUUCGUGGUGGGAGACCUGCCAGUAACUGUCAUCCCUGUGUACAUGGCCGUGGUGGGCUGCCCUAUCAGCACUUUGAGGAAUACGUGCUACAGUGUGGCCCCAUUCCAGAAAGAGCCUGUCACCAGGUUUGGGACCCAGAUCUCUGGAGGAAACACAAUCACCAGGACUCUCCGUCUGUAUAACUCCAGUCACUGUGACAUCCGCCUAGACUGGGAGACCUACAUCCCAGAAGAAAAUGCAGACCGGCUGCUGGAGCUGCUUGUGUUUUAUGGGCCACCCUUCCCACUGCGGGAUCAAGAUGGGAAUGAGAUUGUGUACUCCGAGACCUCGGAGGCCAGCUUACCAGGGUCCCCAUGUCCCUCCAGUGUGUCAGUGUCUAGCCACAAUGUCCCCUCACUGGGCAGCUGCAGUGGUGGCACUAGGGCUGAAGAGCAGAUCAUUUCUGUCAUCCUGAAGGGGCACGAGGCGGUGCCCUCUGACCACAUAUACCACAUCAGCCCCAAGCAGGUGGUCAUCCCAGCUGGAGACUACAGGACCAUGUUCAUCUCCUUCACGCCCACAGUGCUCGGCCCCGGGGUCAUGCACAAGGUGGGGUAUACUGGCUAUGCCCUGGGCUUCAUGAGCCUGGACAAGGAGACAGACAGACAGAUUCCAGGCCGAAUGCACCGCCUUCAGGACUUUGCCGUGGGCCCUCUGAGAUUGGAUCUGAAUGGCCACGUGAGAAAUGCGCAGCUGCACCCCGAGCUGGACAGCAGUGGCUUCCUGGAAUUCUGGUGCCAGGCCAGCGACCUCAUCCCUCAAAAUCCCUGCAAUGGGGUGCUGAGUGACUGGCUUGCCACCCGCCAUCUGAAACUGAUCAACACCACGGAAAUCCUGUACGACUUCCGUGCCCAGGUCUCCAGGCCCUUCUUCAUUUCUCGAGGUGGGGCCAGCUGCCCCACCAGAGCCCCUCAUCAGCAUGAAGAAGGGAUAGCUCCCACAGGCCAGCAGCUGAGGAUCCGCCCACAAGACAGCAUGCUGGUCAGUGCAUGGGUGGAGGGUCUCCCUCCUCCCCACCUCUACAGGCAACACACAGGCACACCCUGCCCACACCUGGGCACAAGGUACAAAUGGACAGUUGGAGGUGUAUGCCCUCAGACACGUCCCUUUCAACAUAGAAAGUCCCUCUGCACAGGCUAUACAUGGAUGGAGGCACCACAGAUAGCCACACACAUCCCAUAAACACAUUCAGGCUCUCCAGUGUAUGUCCCCGUGUCCCCACCACUGUUAGCCUGGUGGAGGCCGGUGCACAUGACUAAGCACCUCCACUUCACACCAUGUCCCCUCCCUUCUCAUGUGCCCUUUGGCUCAAAGUUUAAUGCCACGGCUUGAGGCCACCCAUGGUUGGGUUGCCAUGAGUGUAAGUAAAUCCGUCAGACCACCAGGUACAUACAAGCCUGGAGUUUUGAAGGUGGUAUUGUCCCAGGGAUGCCAGGGCCUUGGCAGUAACUAUGAACUUCUGCCUCAUUUUGGUUUGAGGUGCACCAAACAGGGAUGGAAUGCAGGCUUUGCAGAAUAGGGCAUGCACACAACCCUUAGAAUAACUAGCGGCUCCCUGGGUACGCACAGCCUUGUCCAGGGUGGACAGACAAGCUGCAGCCCCUCCCUCUCCCACCUCCCCCUGCCUUGCAGCCCCUCACCCCUUCUGUUGAUGAGCUGUGGAGUUGCCCCUGAGUGCCUGCCUUGCUCUGCACAUCUUGGGUCAUCUCACCCAUCUUCUUCUGGAUCUCACUGAGUAGCCACACCCUUGAGAUACACCUUUCACUGUGUGCAGUGAGGGCCUGCAUGUGUUGCCUGGCCAGACUUCCUGGGCCUUGCUUGUGGAGGUCAGGGAGCCAGAGCCAGAGCUGCACAAGAUGCCAGAGAGCUCUCUUGACCACUCUGCCUGGGCUCCCCACUAAGAAAGCUAAGGGGAAGGGAGGGUCUUUACACUAGAGUAUUCCAGGGGGCUCCUCUUAUGCUGCCAGACACCCAGAUGGUGCUUGGGCUUCUGGCUCCUCACCUGAACUUGCCCUGUAAAACUGAACUCACCACCACCAUCCUCUGUCCCAUGUGGCACCUUCUCAAUACAGUGACAUUUUGUCAUAGCUGCCUCUCCUGCCAGCCAGAGCUCUGAACUCCCAAAAACUAACCAAGCCCCAAGGGCCUGUUGGUGCUGCCUCUGCGCCUCCUCCUGGCCCAAGACAUCGGCAAAUGCCUUCUCUGAUUCUCAGUGCUACGGCGACGUGGAGCUGUCUUCAGGGCCAGGAGCCCUGUAUCUAGGUGUCCUACGUACUGUGUGCAGACCAGCCCACAGCAGCCAGAGGCACCAUGAAAAGCUGCCCCGGAUGGCCUGUUUCAGACCCUAACGGGCCCCUCAUGUCCUCAGGAUAAAAACGUUUUUUCAUUGACUCAUAGACACACCCUCACCCAGGUCGUGCUC